GCCCUCCAGCUCUCUCGCUGUUCGCGUCGUUUUAGAGGAGACUGUGGCGGAGCCUUGUCAUUCUGACCCGGGAAGCCCUGGCUUCCUCUGUCGAUUCGUCAGGCAGAAAUGUCUAAUGCAAAAGAAAGAAAACAUGCUAAGAAAAUGAGAAACCAGCCCACUAGUGUGACUUUAUCUUCUGGCUUUGCGGCUGAUAGAGGUAUAAAGCACCAUAAUGGAGGUGGAAAACCUUUCCGAGCUCAAAAACAAGAGUCUUUUUCUGGAACUUCACGACAGCGGCAAACCAAAAUGACCCACUAUUCACCUUCUGAGCCUGAUGUGAAUGAGCAGUCUUCUUCCAAAGUCAUGUUUAAAAAAAAGGGAGGAUGGAAGGCAGGUCCUGAGGGCACUUCUCAGGAGAUCCCUAAAUAUAUAACAGCUUCUACUUUUGCUCAGGCCCGAGCUGCUGAAAUCAGUGCUAUGUUGAAAGCAGUGACCCAGAAGUCUUCUAAUUCACUAGUUUUCCAGACUCUGCCACGGCACAUGAGACGAAGAGCCAUGAGCCACAAUGUGAAACGCCUUCCCAGGCGGUUACAGGAAAUUGCCCAGAAAGAGGCAGAGAAAGCAGUACAUCAGAAAAAAGAACAUUCAAAAAAUAAAUGCCAUAAAGCUCGAAGAUGUCACAUAAACCGGAUGUUGGAAUUUAACCGUAGACAAAAGAAGAACAUAUGGUUAGAAACUCACAUUUGGCAUGCCAAACGGUUUCACAUGGUCAAGAAAUGGGGCUACUGCCUUGGGGAGAGGCCAACAGUUAAGAGCCACCGAGCCUGCUAUAGAGCUAUGACAAGCCGUUGCCUCCUUCAGGAUUUAUCCUACUACUGUUGCUUGGAGUUGAAGGGCAAAGAGGAAGAAAUAUUAAAGGCACUUUCUCCAAUGUGUAGCAUAGACACAGGAUUGACUUUUGCAGCAGUUCACUGCUUGUCUGGAAAGCGCCAAGGUAGUCUCAUUCUUUACCGGGCAAAUAAAUAUCCAAGAGAAAUGCUGGGGCCUGUUACAUUUAUUUGGAAGUCUGAGAGGACCCCUGGCAACCUUUCUGAGAGCAGGCAGUUGUGGAUCUGGCUUCACCCAACUCUUAAACAGGAUAUUUUAGAGGAGAUAAAAGUGGUAUGCCAGUGUUUGGAACCCACCAGAUCAACUGUCUGUGUCUCCGACCCCCCUCUGACACCAACCCAAGAAAAAAGCCAAACUAAACUUCCUGAUGAGAAAAUUGGCAAGAAAAGAAAACGGAAAGAUGAUGGGGAAAAUGCUAAACCAAUUAAAAAAUUGAUCGGUGACACAACUAGAGAUCCACAUCAACUAUAUUCUUGGCUCUCUCCAACCACAGGCAUUCUAAUCAGUGAUUUGACGAUGGAGAUGAACCGAUUCCGGCUGAUUGGUCCACUUUCCCACUCCAUCCUAACUGAGGCAGUCAAAGCUGCUUCUGUCCACAUCGAGGGAGAAGACACAGAGAACACACCUCACCGUUGGUGGACUGAGACCUGUAAAAAUCCUGAUAGCGUUUCCCUUCAUCACAGACAAGAAGCUAUUUUUGCAUUGUUGGGAGGAAUAACAUCACCAGCAGAAAUUCCGGCAGGUACUAUUCUAGGACUGACAGUUGGGGAUCCUCGAAUAAAUUUGCCUCAGAAGAGGUCCAAAGUUUUGCCCAAUCCAGAGAAAUGCCAAGCCAUCAGACCCAUGCAGGAUUUAAACCAGAAGAGAAGUGAAUUGCUGGUGCCCGGGUCACAGCUUGUUUUAGGUCCCCAUGAAUCCAAGAUACCUCUACUUUUGAUUCAACAGCCAGGGAAAGUGACUGGUGAUGACCGACGAGGCUGGGGAAGUGGCUGGGAUGUCCUGCUCCCAAAGGGCUGGGGCAUGGCUUUCUGGGUUCCAUUGAUCUAUCGAGGUGCAAGAGUCGGAGGAUUAAAAGAGGCUACAGUGCAUUCUCAGUAUAAAAGGUCUCCUUACAUCCCAGGUGAUUUCCCAGACUGCCCUGCUGGGAUUCUGUUUGCUGAAGAGCAAGCCAAGAAUCUUCUUGAAAAGUACAAAAGACGCCCUCCUGCAAAACGGCCCAACUAUGUUAAGCUUGGUACUCUGGCACCUUUCUGCUGCCCCUGGGAGCAGUUAACUAGAGACUGGGAAUCAAGAGUCCAGGCCCAAGAGGAAUCAUCUGUAGCUUCCUCUCCAAGUGGUGAGGAGAGCAACUGGAGAGGAGACGAGGUGCUUUGUGCUCCCACGCCUGAAAAAACUCAUCAAGUGUCUGAUGAAGUGGGCACAUUGCUGCACGAUUCCAGUGAGCCCAAAGUUCGAAUGGACACAGAGUGUCCUGCCCAGACGGGUACUGAGUGGGCAAUGGGCCAGGAGGCUGCCCGCAGGCUCCCCUGCGUUCUUAGGAGUAGAACAUCACUGAAGCAGCUGUCAGCCUGGUGUGGGCUCAGCUCUGGGGACAGUCGGGCAGCCCGGCGAGUUCCCAGUAGAGGGCAACGAGAACUGACCAGAGAGGCCUGCCUGUCCAUCUUGGACCGCUUCCCCAGGGCCCUGGUGUGGGUCAGCCUGUCCCUGCUCCGGAAAGGCAGUCCCGAGCCGCACACCAUGAUCUGUGUCCCAGCCAAGGAGGACUUCCUCCAGCUCAGCCAGGAUCGGCUCUACUGUGGGCCCCAGGAAUCCAAGCACAGCGACCCAUUCAAGAACGAGAUCCGGAAACAGAAAGAGAAGAAGAAAACAGAGAAGAGGCGGAACCAAGGGCGCACUGUGUCUCAGGGCCUGGCAGGGGGGCACCUGAUAGCUGGGCACCAAGCUCCCACCCUAGGCUUGUGGUCAGGCCCUCUCCCUGAUGUGACUUCUCACUGCUCCAGGGUUCUCCUUGGCUUUGUCACACAGGGAGAUUUUUCUAUGGCUGUCGGCUGUGGGGAAGCCCUGGGGUUUGUUAGUUUGACAGGCUUGCUGGAUAUGCUGUCCAGCCAGCCUGCAGGGGAGAGGGGCCUGGUGUUACUGAGGCCUCCUGCUUCUCUACAGUACCGAUUUGCGAGAAUCGCUGUUGAGGUGUGAGUGCCGUUUCCGUCCUUGCAGGGUGUAGAUGGUAACUGCAUUUGCCGAGCCCCACAGUUGGAGAGCUUUGUUUUCAUCAUCUUCAGUUCCAAAAUAUCAUGUGAAAUUUCUUGGAAAUGAGAAUUUAAAAAAAUUAUGUAUUAAUAUUAUGCAAAUGGAUGAAAUGUUUACAUCAUUCCAGCAAUCUCAUUGAUUUCCAUCUUUCCCUGUCCUUGCUGAAUACUUUAAAAUUAUGUGGCAUAUAUAGCUAAAAGCUUUUCUGUUAUGAUUUCUUGGUCUGUGUAAUUCUUGCUGAAAAUAAUUAGAAGCUCUGUUUUCUCAUCCUCUUUUUUUAAAUUUUUUAUUAAGAACAAAGGGCUGUCAAGACUAUUUGAAAAACCUUGUAGUCAUGCGAUAAGCAACACUGGUUGUUUAAUGAUUUGAUUGUUACAAGAGGAAAAAAGUAUAAACACCUGGCCUUUGUACAUGAAAUGUGGCCUUGUCUGGGCCAUGUUCAAUUCUGUUCAACCCUUUAUACUGUAAAGAAGGAAAGCAUGGGAAAUUUAUUGCUGCCUCUUUUUAGGCAGGCUUGGCUUAUGCAAGAGUAUUGGGAUGGAAUUAGAAUGGGGGUCUAUGAUUUUGUUACCCCUGUCUUUUUUAUUGUUGACCAACAAUAUCUUAGGAGUUAUUUUAAUUUUUCUGUGCUUUUUGUUUCUGCAAAGAACUUUUCAAAGCCAUAGAGGAGCAUUUCUCAAAAUAUGUCCCAUGAAAUGUGUUAACCUAAAAAAACAAAAAGCAGAGAUUCCAUGGUCAGAUUGACUUGGGAAACUCAGGGUUUAACACAGGUAAGCCUUUCUUUUUAAAGGGCUUGUAGAACUUACCAUGUGAUUUUGUACAUUGUGAAUCUCCAGGAAGUGGAUAAUAGUCUACAGUAUUUUCUAAAUCUUUUUGAUCCCAAUCUCCUUUUGCAAGGAGCACUUUAUAGGACCAGUGUUCUUAGGAAGGAACAUACUUUGGGACAUGUGGCUAUACAGUGCAAUACUUACCUCUGCAAGGUGACAGCUAAAAUGACAAGCAGCUUUUAAACAUUAAUUGCCCACCUGACAUUUUAUGCAGGGUAUAAAAGAGAGGUCUCAUAUAGUCCCCUAGGAAGAGUGGGGUCAUCAUUGCCUUUUUCCACUUGCAGAGAACCUAGGUAAUCAUUAACUUUUAGUUGCUAUGUAUGUCUCACUCAUACUCCUAGUCCUUAUUUUCCCUGCCACAAAUUUCCAGCAGAGCUUGAGUGGGAUUUUUAAAAAAAUAUUAAUUAUACAGUUAGGCGUCAUUUCCUAUAAAUGCAUUGGGUUUUUGCAGUAGCAUCUGGCAAUAAAUACUUUUGGGGGUGAUGAGUUGGGGAGAGAUACAGCAAGUAUUAUAGUAGCUAGUAAAAUGUAUGAUGUUUUCCCUCUCACCAUGCCCCUAAAUGUAUUUGUGUCCAACCCAAGUGAAACUGAAAAAAAAAUAGUAUGACUUAGUGGUGUCUGUAAACAGAAUAAAUUAAAAUGUCACCUGA